UUAUUGGGCUUUAUGAUCUUCUUCUCCAGGUAAGCCCAAAGUUAAGUCUGUAGAUCCUCCCCCGCCAAUAACCCAACCGCAGCAGCAGCAGCAGCAGCAGCAGCAGGAGGUGGUGCUUUUCGCUGUGUCAGAGGAGACGGAUCUCACGCCGGAAAAUCUUCUUUACUUCCACCGCCGUUCUUUCUGCUUCCUCGAUCUGCACCGCCUCCGUCUUCCGAUUAAUCUCCUCCUCCCAGAAAGUUUCAACCUUGCGACUCUCUGAGAUCUGCCGAGUUGAUCAUCGUCCCAAUUGUUAGAAUCGGGGAUUUGAUUGUGUGUUCGACCCAUCCUUGGAUUACUCAAUGUCUUCAGCGCAAGAUCCUUUCUACAUUGUUAAAGAAGAGAUUCAGGAUUCUAUUGAUAAGCUGCAAUCUUCAUUCCACAAAUGGGAGCGUAUCUCUCCAGGCAUGGGGGAUCAAGUUCAUGUCACCAAGGAGCUUCUUGCUAACUGUGGAAGCAUUGAGUGGCAGGUAGAUGAGCUGGAAAAAGCGGUUAACGUAGCAGCAAAAGAUCCUGCCUUGUAUGGCAUUGAUGAAGCUGAGCUUGAAAGACGCAGGAGAUGGACUAGUAACGCUAGGACACAGGUGCGGAAUGUGAAGACCGGUGUGCUAGCUGGUAAGGGUAGUGCGGGAGGUGGCAAUGCAAGUGAAGUGCGGAGAGAGCUAAUGAGAAUGCCAAACUCGAGUGAAGCAAAUAGAUACGAUCAGUAUGGGGGAAGAGACGAUGACGGUUUUGUACAGUCAGAGUCAGAUAGGCAAAUGCUGUUGAUAAAGCAGCAAGAUGAAGAGUUGGACGAGCUGAGUAAAAGUGUAGAGAGAAUAGGAGGAGUGGGGCUUACUAUACAUGAUGAACUCGUUGCACAGGAGAGAAUAAUAGAUGAACUGGGAACGGAGAUGGACAGUACAAAGAACAGGCUAGACUUUGUGCAGAAAAAAGUGGGGAUGGUGAUGAAGAAAGCAGGAGCGAAAGGGCAGAUGAUGAUGAUAUGUUUCUUGCUCGUCUUGUUCAUCAUCCUCUUCGUUCUCGUCUUCUUGACCUAAGACGGUCUUUUGAUGUUACUUUUGUUUUAUGUUUUGUGGUUGAAACAGAAAGGAACAUAUAUAUACAUAAAAAAAGUUAUCUGAAUAUUCAUAUUAUCAAAAAUGCAAACCCCAAAUGUAUUUUGUUUUGUAA